AUAAAUGUGGAAAAAAGGAAUUAGGAGUAGAUAACUGGACGUUCCAGAUAAGGGAAGAACGAAACAAAAUAUUUCAUAUAUCGGAUACACAGAAAAUGACAGAUGACAAAUUUAAAAGGAAAUGGGAAAAAUUGAAUGGAUCCAUCAUGGGAAUAGCUAAUCUUAUUAACAGUACAUUUGCUGAGGAAACUGAGAAACAAAUUCUUCAAACUAAAAAGCUUACAGUUAUACCUACUUAUAUGGAUAAAUAUGAAAUACUGUGUCGUGAUUACUGGAGGAAUAAAUGUGCUGAGUUUGAGAGAGCUCAAAUUGAAGAAUUCGAAAAGAAGGCAUCGGCUUUUAACAUGCAAUUUUCGGAGGAUUGCAGUGAAUCCAUGGGAAGUGAUUGCCAAAAACACAUUAGGGAAAUACAAAAUAUUAAAACUAGGAUUGACAAUAUAGAUAUACUGAUCAAAGUUUUUGGAGAGCAUGAGUAUAUGAAAACGUCGAACAAUACAGAAUCAGUGGGAAAUGACUGCCAGAGAGUUCAUGUACCUGUUUUCUUACAACUUGACGUACCGGCUUUAUGGAACAGAACACAAAUUUUAGAAUAUCUCGACGAAUUGAGGUUGAACAGAAAUUCUAAAAUGAAUAUACAAAUCAUGGCAAUUUCACCUGAUGACCUAAACAUUUAUUCAGAGAUCGCAAAGACAGUACUUGGGCAAAUUGAUUUACUGCAAAACGAAGUCCAAAUGAUCAUGUCUGAAAUGGUUGCAAGAGCGUCAAUUGACACAAAGCAAAGUGCUGAAGUUGUUGUUAGUUUAACUGUACCAGAUACGACAGAAAAAAAAUGUUCGAUGAAGAAUAAGGAUGCAAAAGAAUCGACUGACAAUCUUUUAUAUAUUGCUGAUGAUCAGACGAAAACAAACACCGAAUUUGAUAAUGAAGUGAUGAAGAAUAAAGACGCAAAAGAAAUGACUGACAAUCUUUUAUCUAUUGCUGAUGACCAGACAAUAUCAAACACCGAACUUGAUGAAGUUUUACCUACAUCUCCAGUAAAAGAGAUAGUUAAGGAAUGGAACAAACGAGGACACAUGUAUGUCGGUCAGUCUGGUAUUCAACGACAUACACCUGACUUGUGUUUAAAUGUGGAUAGUGCGAUGAAGGGCGCGAAGGUAAAACAAACGGUUCACAGCCCUUUAUCUGUUCAUGAUGUCCAAAUCAAAUCAAAAACUAAAUGUAAUGGAGGUUACAGCGAAUUCGAAAGUGAAGAUGAAGAAAGAAAUCCAGAGAGUUGUUCAGCUAUUCACGAUGACAAGACAAGAGCCAAAACUGAAUUUGUUGGUAAGUGA